UUUCCCUCUCCCUCCUUGCGAAUCUUCGACGACAAGCAACCGACCCGCACCUGCACCUGCACCUGUACUGUAACUACCACGGCACCUCCAAUUCCUUCAGCGUCGUAGUCAACCACCAACAGUCUCUACUGCUACACUACACUGCACUGCACUAUACGGCACCAACCCCCAGAAUCCCACGCCCACACCCACACCCACACCCACGCCUCAUCCUCAUCCUCAUCCUCGCCCUCGCCCUCGCCCUCGCCCUCGCCCACCAAGCCUACCAAGCCUACCAAGCCUACCACUACCUACCGCACUGCCAAUCUGUUCGGUACUCGUACAUUUGCUCUGCAGUUGCUUGCUGGACUGGCAAACGCGUUCCCAGACCUCUUGGAUCUUGGAAUUCCCGUUAGCCUCUGAGACCCCCCACCGGGACUUUGUUUGCUCUUCGACUUGUCCCUAAUAGGCCUUGUUUGCUCUUUUCGACUGGCCCCUAAUAGGAAUCUCCUGGGCAUCGAAACUCUCUUCCCGCCCGGAGUGGUGAACUGGUGCUGUGCUUUUGCGGUGAUUUGAUGAUUUGGCAGUUGGACAGUUGGAUCAUCCUGGCCGUCGCCCGGCGUGCUGCUGCAACAUCAUCCGCAACCCGUAACCGCAUUCGCUCCGCCCCCUCUUCCCCGUCCGCCCCCAAGAUCAGGAACUGAUGUCCUCGGGGCUCAGUUCGCUUCCUCGAUGCAAUCCUACGAGAACUCACAAAUGGUGUCCUCCAGGUCGGCCGGAGUGCCUUUGAACGCCAACAAGCGCAAGAUUGGGAAACGACGAGACUCCUCUCCCGCGCCAACGCCUGCGACCCCUCCAGAAUCUCGAUUCAGCAAGGCCAAUCUGCUCCAAUCGUCCCGGGCGUCGAAUAAGAAGCAGCGAGAGACCUUCCUAGACGAUAUCAACCCCGUGGAUCCCGCCGCGAACAAAGACAAUGGAGCCGGUCGCGAUCGAGACACGCACGAUCUUUCCUUAUCACCACGACAAGUCACUCGCGACUCGCUAGUCAAUAAUAUGCUACUCUCCCUCGACCAAUUCUCCUUGGGCAGCGGCAGCCAGGAGGGGGAUGUGUUUGGCAGACAACCGACCGCCAACCCAGACAACAUCUACUCGAAUUACAACGACGAGGAAUCCUAUCAGCCAGUAUCCAACUUUGCACCCAGAGCGCAACGACCAGGAGGGCACAACUAUUCGUAUAGCUCCGACUACGACAUUGCAGAUGACUCCAGUCGAUAUUCAGGACCUUCCAGAGGUCGCAGGAGUAACAGUGGGUCGCCAUAUCAACCGGGUGCCGGGAGGAUAAAUAACACGAGAAUCGAGGGUGCGAGUAAUGUGGUUGGGUCUAGUCGCCCAUCAGUGCCCAUCCCCCCCCGGGGCAUCCAUUCACGAAGUGGCAUGGGAAGUAAGGGAAGCAGCGCCAACAGUUUUGAUCUUGGAUACGCUCAAGUAUUGGGCAGUCAACAACGUUGGGCGCAUGGCCUCGGGGGGAGAUCUUCGAGCUUCGAUUACGGACGAGACCACCAAAAAUCCCUUGCAAAGGCCGACUCCUAUGAUGCGGCGCCCAUGCCCACCGUUCCUGGGGGACCUCGAAGGACCCGACCGACCUCCCCCAUCAACACUUCACAUGAACUCGCCAAGGAUGAAGCUGGUCUCCCCAGGCUCGAACGGAAGCGGAGCGCGAAAUCAUCCAAAAGCGCAUAUCGGGGGAGGAAUACGUCCAAUGGUGGCAGGAUUGACUAUGGGCUCCGUGAUAGCAAUCGUGAGCUGCCACCCUUACCAGCAUUUAUCAGGGAACAAGCGGCGUCUCCCUUUGUUGGACACGGAAAGUCGAAAGGAGCUCCGAACGCGGGGCCGUCAACACCACAACCUCUCAAAGAACGACCCGGUUUCUUCAGGCGAGUGUUUGGCUCGUCCAGAAGUAAUUCUACAAGUGCCCCAGAAGCACCCCCAUCGCACGGGUCGAGUACUUCUACGGAAACGAUGAACCGCCCGAGCAGCAAAAACCAUAUCGCCAAUCAACUCAGAGCUCAAAGUGUACCCUCGCCUCGCGAAGCGCCUCCUCAAGUCCCCAAAGAUCAACCCCAGGUCUUGAAUAAGAAACCCUCCUCGUUUUUCAGGAGGAGAAAGAAGUCGGUGACGGAAGCCGAGCCACCAGUUCUAGCGGCUCUUGCGCCACAGCCUGUAUUCGAUGCAAGUGAUUAUGAUGGGAAACCAGUACCUAGCCCAGUCAGCAGUCUAAGGAAAGUCAUGAAUCCGUACCUGCGUUCUCAUUCAAUCCCUCAGAACAUGGAUCAAAAUACGGAUGAUGAGUCCCAGCAACACGCGAGGGGCUUCUCCCCGGAUUACGAGCCGGAUAAGACCGCGACCAUUAGGACCGUCAGAUCGAGCCUAAGGCCUAAUCCUGAUACUACAUCGCCUUCUGGAGCUGCACAAAGACCAUUCCUUAACAGCGCAAGCGCCAACACAAAUGGACCGCAUGGCACUUUUCUUCAGGAUGCUAGUGAUGAUGCGCACCGCAACGCUUCCAAAUCUGCGCUAAUUUCCAGGGAAGGACCAGAGACAACCUCGCCUCCAAACCACGUGGGCACUGUAACAUCUCAGACCGUGAAACGAGACAUGGCACUUGUCGCAGAGUACGAGAGUAGACACUCGAAAAACCCGUCAGCCGCGAGGUUUACGAUGAACAAGCCAUCUCCGAUAUUAGAAUCUCCCAGAAGCCGAGCGGAGUUCAAGCCAUUUCUACCACCGGAUACUGCUGCACCACUUGCCAAGGACGAGGACUGGGUUGUGUUGUCACCUACAAAGUCCACUCGUGUAUCGGGGAAGGAAGAUCGUGUGUGGUUAGAACCAUCCUCCGACGAAGAAGAGGUAGCUGAACCAGCUCCUAUGAUGAAUCAAACCGCCGCUCGAGUCUCCUCCGAGUCUAAUGAGACGAUAUACAAGUCUGCCACGAGCUCACUCAUUCUCACGAAUUACGGUGGAGGUGACGAAAUGCAGUCCUCGCCUCUUCCUCUGGCUACAUCAGAAGCAUCCGCAGCUCCAAAGGCUCUAGAAGAAGCCCACGAAAUCCACACGGAAUCUUCGGAAGUUGCAGAAUUACCGGGUCCUUCAAGCGAUCCAAUCCCCGACGAGACGAUUCCGACGGAAAACGAUCGUGAAAAGGCCCAGAAAAUAUACGACGGCAAUGAAGACUUUAUCCAGAAAGAGCGCGCCGCGGCGUGGAUGGGAGAGGAGGGCAUAGUACGCGCGCGGACACUUGUGGCGUAUCUAGGUCUUUACGAUUUUGCCAACCUAAACAUUCUCGCGGCGCUCCGCAACAUGUGCUCGAGACUGGUUCUCAAAGGUGAGAGUCAACAAGUAGACCGCAUUUUGGAUGUAUUUGCCACCAGAUGGUGUAAAUGCAAUCCCAACCACGGAUUCAAAGUAACAGGUUAGAUGACUGCAGUUGCAGUGAGCAAUCGUUUACUAAUAUUUAUGUAGAUGUGGUGCAUACGAUAUGCUACUCGAUCCUAUUAUUGAAUACGGAUUUGCAUCUUGCUGAUAUUGAUCAAAAAAUGACUCGAAGUCAAUUUGUCAAGAACACAAUGCCGACUAUUCGAAGAAGCGUUGCUGAAUCUGCCCCUGAUGCCUUUGAGACUAGGCCAUCCAUACUUCCUGGGAAGAGCCAAACGUUUGAUUCGGUCAAGAGUGAGCCUACGAUCAAGAUAGACCGAGCUUCCGGGGAAUAUGUUGAGCGACCUUCAUGGAGAAUGUCUUUCAAGCCUCCUCCUCGUUCCGAUUCCGAUGGAUCGGGCAUUGUCCCCACCCCUUUGGAUUACGAUACUCCUCAUGACGAUUGCGGGCCGCUAGUAAAGGCUCCUUUUCACGGUACUCUACGUACAUGGGAAGUCCAGGUUGAGAUUGUACUCAAAGAUUUUUACAAUUCGAUUCGGACUGAGCGGCUACCACUUUUCGGCGCCCCAAUUGAGAAACCAGUCCUUCCGCCACCUUCUUCACAUAGCUUGUCCGUCUUCGGAACUGGUGUCUUGCGACGAACUCCAAGCGUGCUCAGUAAAGCACCAUCCGAGACUCAUAGCUACGCAAGAGGAAGGACCGCAGAUACAGUUCGCGGAGGUACAGGCAAGUGGAGUAACAAGAAUCGCUCGAGGCCGCGUUUGCACCCUGGUUCUAGUCGCACUAGCUUGGAUGACCAGUCGUCAAUGUGGAGUCCAUCAGCAUCUUCAAGUACAUGGAGCAAGUAUUCACUUGGAAAAACUCAGACAUCCAUGUCUGUCGACUCCUUGGGUUCAAAUUGGCAGGCCGACUACCAACAAUCCAUCGGGUUUGCGAAUGCAUUGAGCCAAGCCAUCAUUCGAGAAGAGCACAUUGGAACUGCUUGUAGCAAUGGAAGCGAGCGCGAGCAAGAAGAACUCCGUGCGGCUCCUUUGCUCGAAGAUGAGUCUUUGGAACUUGCCGGAGCUCCAUGGGCCAAGGAAGGAAUCCUCAAGCAUAAACAUCACCUGGAAUCGCUAGGAAAAAAGGCCAAGGAUCGUAAUUGGAACGAGAUAUUCGCUGUCGUUGAAAAGGGCUACCUCAGUCUCUUUUCGUUUUCGACCAAGAGCAUGCGCAACAAAUCGAAGAACAAGGCUGUGGGAGGUGUGGUUGGAGGUGGAAACUGGCAGGAGAAUGCUCAAAAUCUCGGCUCGUUCCUUCUCAGACAAACCAUUGCCAGCGCUCUCCCCUCACCUGGAUAUUCAAAAGCUCGACCUCAUGUAUGGGCUUUGUCCCUACCGACUGGGGCUGUCCAUCUGUUCCAAGUAGGCACGCCAGAUAUUGUCAAGGAAUUUGUAUCCACUGCCAAUUAUUGGAGUGCUCGUCUCUCAAAUCAUCCAUUGGUUGGAGGUAUUAGCAAUAUUGAAUACGGAUGGUCUGACGGCAUCGUCAACAACUCGUUGGUUGAGGCCAUCAAAGAUUCGACGGCACCAGCAACAACACGACCCUCUACCAGUCACAGUCGCAGGCCCAGCAUGCAGGGCUCCUUGAGAUCCAUAGCUAGUGUUGACCAAGGCCAAUUUGGUGGAAUUAGAGCCAGAUUACCUGGUGACAAAGUUACGAUAUCCGAUUGGACCCCUCCUACACAAAGCAUGCGAUCUAGCAACUUGAUGGAAGCGGACCAAUUGAAGACUCUCGUUGACUAUGUUGCUGGGAUUGAGGCUGAGCUGCAACUGCACAACCAAUUACGAAGUCCAAUGCUUUUAGCAGUAAGUUGACAUCAUCAACCCUUGUUGGACCUCAACUAAUUAGAAUAGUUUACGCCUCGGCACCCCAAUUCCCAAAAGGCCAUGGCUAAUUGGGAGAAGAAGUCAUCUUACCUCCUUCGUGAGAUUGUGAAAUUCAGAACCUAUAUCGACGUUUUACAAACCGCCGAGACCAACAAGCAGAGAAUCUACGCUGAAAGAGCCGCUGACAAGGCUCUGUCAGAAGAUUACGAUGAGAGAGACAUGCCCGUUGAACCGUUGAACCUGGCGAUUUAACAUGAGCGGCUUCAAACUUGUAACAAAUAUACCUUUUCCUUUGUUCGUCAUAUCCUUUGGCGUACCUUCCGUUGCAUACGGCAUGCAACGCCUUGUGCCUCUCCUCUUCAUCGUACACACAUCAGCAUUACAUUCACGAUCAAGAUACACCCAGGGGAAGAUGGAACUUUUCCUCGAACAGCCGAGUUGAAAUCUACCACAAAAGUGCUUGCUCUUUCGGGAAACAUUAGCUUGAUUUGGGAUAGAACGGCGGGUUCUUUGCAUUUAUAUAGCUUUUUCUCCAUGGCUUCUUGGCACCCUACUCGAAGGAUUGGAUUCGGAAUGGUCGAUUUGCUUUUUUUUGUCUCUUCUGGAUUUGGUUUUUCUUUCCGUCGCUUAACUAUACCCCCAAAUUGUUUGCGUUGUUGUACUAGUUUCCUUUACCUUUGGUUUGAUUGUUUUCUUUCUUCGCUCGCCAUCGAUGAGAAGUGGCUCAUCUGGUGGAAUCUUUUCUCUUGGGACUCUCCUUUUCUUGUAGGGGUUUAAUUGAGUGAGCGGGAUUCUUCUUCCCUUGCCCCUUUGAUGGUUCGUUUUUUUUUAAUACCUUUUUUUAUGAUGGGAUAUGAGGUUAUGAAAUAGUCUAUACGGAAUGGAAGGGGAUAUGGAGACGGGCGAAAGUGUGGAGGGUUAUAAUUAGUGCUACAGUAGCUGGGGGGUGAUGUCGGGCGAAGUAAGCAGGCAGGAAGUUUCUGCGGCUCCUUGGAUGGGAGAUUAAUUGAUUGUGUUUGCUGAUUUGGUGUGGAUGUGGUUCUCUUUGUGGGUUUGUUUGUUUGUGAAAUUGUGAAAUUGUGUGAGUGAGACUUGAGUAGUGGUUCAUGAAUAGGAUGG